GUUCUGAGCGAAAAAAUAGGCAGCUUUGCCUCAAUAAAGUAUAUGAUAAGUAUUCGGAGCUUCACUUUCAAGUGUUCGCUUCGCUAUUUAACAAGGGGAAACAUUUAUAACCUCUACAUGGCUGAGAGUAACAGUGUGACUGCCCACACGUCUUGCGCGCUGGUCGGCGCCUCUGCCCGGGUCCCUCUGCAGGAUGGACGGGCUGUGUUUCUGGGCCGGGGGCCGGACACCGGAGUCACCGACAAGAAAUGCUCCAGACACCAGGUGAAGGUGGUGGCUUGCUUUGAGGACAAAGAUGCAACUGUCACUCAGCUGGGUCCCAAUCCCAGUUUCCUGGACGAACAGAAACUGGGCCGUGGCCAGUCUGGUAAACUCACCCACGGGGGCACCCUCUACCUGGUUAACCAGAACCACCCAUUUAAAUUGCACUACUCCCUGAGCUCAAAUGGAAUAACCUCUAGCCCAGCACAGAAAGCCACAGAGAAGACAAAAGGAGGGAAGAAUGGGAGAGAAAAAGAGGGGCAGUGGAGUCCCAACCCUAAGCGUAAUAUAAAGGAUUUCUUCUCUGCCUCACCCAAGAAGACAUCUAAGAGGCCACUGAGCCCAGAGAUGGGGCACCAUGGCAUGAAGCGCCAAAGAAAAGACGAGGAUGUCUCAGGUGGAUGGAUUAAAAAAGAGGAGGAGGAGGAGGAGGAUGAAGAGGAGAGACUGGCAGAGGAAAGGCUCAAGCAGCUGCAGAUGUUUGCAGAGAAGUCGAUGACAGAGAAGAGUAACAGCACCCAGCCUUCAGCGUCUUCAUUGUCUUCAAAGGCUUGUGUAAAGAGCAGCUGGCAGCAGUUUGGCAACCUGAUGCUUUAUACUGCAGCUGGGGUCAGAGCCAGUGACAAGAUUGCUGGCUUUGAUAUAGACGGUUGCAUCAUCACCACCAAGUCUGGCAAAGUCUUUCCAACUGCACCAGAUGACUGGAAGAUUCUGUACCCUGAGAUUCAGCCUAGGCUGGCCAGCUUGCUUAAGAAAGGAUACAAGGUGGUGUUCUUCACCAACCAGAUGGGGAUCGCUCGAGGCAAACUCAGACCAGAAGUCUUUAAAUCUAAAGUGGAGGACAUCCUCACCAAGCUGCAGCUACCUGUGCAGGUGUUUGUAGCUGCUGGUCCUGGUAUCUACAGGAAGCCAGCGAUGGGAAUGUGGAAUCACUUGUGUGAGAAGGUGAAUGAUGGUGUUCCUGUUGAUAAGACACAGAGUCUUUAUGUCGGAGAUGCUGCAGGUAGGCCAGAGAACUGGGCUCCAGGGAAGAAGAAGAAGGAUUUCUCCUGCAGUGACCGACUGUUUGCUCUGAACAUCAGGUUGCAGUUCCACACUCCAGAGGAAUACUUCUUGGGCUGGAAGAGCGCCCCCUACAACUUACCUGAAUUUGACCCUAGGAAACUCGACUCCUCUGCCAGGCUGUAUGACCCGCCGUCUGCCUCCCUCACCUCCAGCAAGACAGAGGUUAUUGUUGCUGUGGGUUUCCCCGCAUCGGGUAAAUCCACUUUCUUCCACACCCAUGUCAUACCACAGGGCUAUGCAUACGUCAACAGGGACACGCUUGGUUCGUGGCAGAGCUGUGUGGCUGCAUGUGAGCGCGCUCUGAGGGAGGGCCGCAGUGUCGCCGUGGACAACACCAACCCAGACCCAGAGUCUCGAAAACGAUAUUUGGAUGUGGCCAAGGCAGCAGGAGUGUCCUGUCGCUGUUUCCACUUCUCAGCCUCUCUGGAACAAGCCAAACACAACAACAGAUACCGUGAGAUGGCUCCCUCAGACAGCAAACACAACAAGGUCAAUGACAUGGUUUUCCACAGCUACAAAAAACACUUUGUGGCUCCUGCUCUCUCCGAGGGAUUCUCCGAGAUUCUCCACAUCCACUUUGUACCUAACUUCAAAGACAGCCAAUCAGAAACGUUGUUCCGACAGUUCUCCGAAGGCUGAUUGGACUGCUGGCUCUCGAACACCUUGUUUACUUAUUGAGACAGAAAAAAACACUGAUUGCAACUAGUGAAGAAGUGAGAUCCAACUAAAAAGCAAGAAUCGUGGCGAAGACAUCUGAAUGGGCAGAAUACUUGU